AUGAGACGAGUGGUGCGACAGAGCAAGUUCCGGCACGUGUUUGGCCAGGCGGUGAAAAAUGACCAGAGUUAUGACGACAUCCGGGUGUCCCGGGUUACGUGGGACAGCUCCUUCUGCGCAGUCAACCCCAAAUUCGUGGCCAUCAUCAUCGAAGCCAGCGGGGGAGGGGCGUUCCUGGUUCUGCCUUUACACAAGACAGGUAGAAUCGACAAAUCGUACCCCACCGUUUGUGGCCACACCGGGCCGGUGCUGGACAUCGACUGGUGUCCCCACAACGACCAAGUGAUCGCCAGCGGCUCCGAGGACUGCACGGUGAUGGUCUGGCAGAUCCCGGAGAACGGCCUCACGCUCUCCCUGACGGAGCCUGUCGUCAUCCUGGAAGGCCACUCCAAGAGGGUGGGCAUCGUGGCCUGGCACCCCACCGCCCGCAACGUGCUGCUCAGCGCAGGCUGUGACAACGCCAUCCUCAUCUGGAACGUGGGCACAGGGGAGCCCCUGAUCAACCUGGACGACAUGCACCAAGACAUGAUCUACAAUGUAAGCUGGAACCGCAACGGCAGCCUGAUCUGCACGGCCUCCAAAGACAAGAAGGUCCGCGUGAUCAACCCCCGGAAGCAGGAGAUCAUCGCGGAGAAAGAGAAGGCGCACGAAGGUGCCCGGCCGAUGCGAGCCAUCUUCCUCUCCGACGGGAACGUGUUCACCACGGGGUUCAGCCGCAUGAGCGAAAGGCAGCUGGCCCUUUGGAACCCGAAAAACAUGGACGACCCCGUAGCCCUCCAUGAAAUGGACACCAGCAACGGGGUCCUGCUGCCCUUCUACGACCCCGACACAAACAUCCUCUACUUAUGCGGGAAGGGCGACAGCAGCAUCCGCUACUUCGAGGUCACGGACGAGGCCCCCUUCGUGCACUACCUCAACACCUUCAGCAGCAAGGAGCCCCAGAGGGGGAUGGGCUUCAUGCCCAAGAGGGGCUUGGAUGUCAACAAGUGUGAGAUCGCCAGGUGACGAGCGGGGGAGCCCCAAGCGGGGAGCCUGGGCCGCCUUAAGUCUGACCUCUUUCAGGAUGACCUCUAUCCUGACACAGCUGGGCCCGAAGCCGCCCUGGAAGCCGAGGAGUGGUUUGAGGGGAAGAACGCCGACCCCCUCCUCAUCUCCUUGAAACACGGCUACAUCCCAGGGAAAAACCGGGACCUCAAGGUGGUCAAGAAGAACAUCCUGGACAACAAGCCGGCUGCCAACAAGAAGAGUGAUCUCAUCAGCACCCCAAAGAAAGCGAUGGACACCUCAAACCCUCAAAACGAAGCCAAAUUGGAAGAAAUCUUGAAGGAGCUCCGGUCGCUAAAAGACACAAUCGCGCAUCAGGACGAGCGCAUUUCCAAAUUAGAACAGCAGGUGGUGAAGAUGGCCGUCUGA